GAGAAGAGUGUAAGCAGGAGAGUGAGUGAGUUAGUGAGAAUGGCUCUCAAGUCUCUGAUUCUUUUGGCUGUGUUAUCCUUUUCAGCACUGUCCCUGAGUCCUUCUCUUGCACAAGAUAAUGGCCUUGUCAUGAACUUCUACAAGGAAACUUGUCCUCAGGCUGAAGACAUCAUCAAAGAACAAGUCAAGCUUCUCUACAAGCGCCACAAGAACACUGCUUUCUCUUGGCUCAGAAACAUCUUCCAUGACUGUGCUGUUCAGAGCUGUGAUGCUUCACUGUUGCUGGACUCCACAAGAAGGACCUUGUCUGAGAAGGAGACAGACAGAAGCUUUGGUUUGAGGAAUUUCAGGUACAUUGAGACCAUCAAAGAAGCUGUGGAAAGGGAGUGUCCGGGAGUUGUUUCCUGUGCUGAUAUACUCGUUCUCUCUGCCAGAGAUGGCAUUGUUUCGCUAGGAGGCCCCCAUAUCCCUCUUAAAACUGGAAGAAGGGAUGGUAGAAGGAGCAGAGCUGAAGUGGUUGAACAGUUCCUCCCAGACCACAAUGAGUCCAUUUCUUCAGUUCUUGACAAGUUUGGUGCCAUGGGAAUUGACACUCCCGGGGUGGUUGCUUUGCUUGGAGCACACAGUGUUGGUAGAACACAUUGUGUGAAGUUGGUGCACCGUUUGUACCCGGAGAUUGAUUCGGCACUGAACCCCGACCAUGUCCCUCACAUGCUGAAGAAGUGCCCUGAUGCCAUUCCAGAUCCGAAGGCCGUGCAGUAUGUGAGAAACGACCGUGGCACCCCCAUGAUUCUAGACAACAACUACUACAGAAACAUAUUGGACAACAAGGGGUUGCUGAUAGUGGAUCACCAACUAGCCAAUGACAAGAGGACCAAGCCUUAUGUGAAGAAAAUGGCCAAGAGCCAAGACUAUUUCUUCAAGGAGUUUUCUAGAGCCAUCACCUUGCUCUCUGAAAACAAUCCUCUCACUGGCACAAAGGGAGAGAUCAGAAAGCAGUGCAAUCUUGCCAACAAGCACCGUGAGGAGCCUUGAAAUUCUUCCUCCUUCUCUGUGAGGAAGAAAUCUGUAAAAUAUUAUGCUGUGUUUUAUUUUAAAUGAGUAGGUUGCCUUGUCGGCAGGUUCAUGGGAAUGUGAGGACCGUCACUGUUGUUUUUUUAUUUCAAUAAGGAUGAUAUAUUUAGUAUGCUAGUAGAAGUUGGGUAGAAGGACAUGUUCACAGUGUUAAUUAUGAUAUCAAUGUAUGCAUGUGAUUGCUGUCAUGGAUGACAGUGACAACAAUAUUUAUGGUA